CAUGGAGCUCAACGGGGCUUAUCCUCUCCCGCGGCUUCCUCGGACGGAGGGAGAUUUUGGCCUUCGCCCGUCUGCGAGAAAAACAUCUCCAAUGUCCUUUGAGGAGGUGGCCGUGUUCUUCACGGAGGAGGAGUGGGCUCUACUCAGUCCGGGCCAAAGAAAACUCUACUGGGAGGUGAUGCAGGAAAAUUACGAGACCGUGGCCUCUUUGGAUGUGGGGGACAUGGCGACUGAGAAGGAACCAGAAACGGUGGUUGUGGAAACAGAUGAAGAUCUACAGAUAGAAGCGAAAUUGGGCAUUCAGAUGGUGCCCAAGAGGGAGCAGGGAAGUGAAAGGAAAGCCAAACAGAAGCAGAGGAAGGAAUUAGUUGCCCAUCUGAGCAGGAGGAUGCUUGAGGUCCCAGCCCCAAAUGAAAUGAAGAAGAGAAAGAGAAGGCAGGGUUCAGUGAUUGUGAAAGGGAUGAUCAGCAAACUCAGAGAUAAAAAAUAUCAGAACAUUACAGUGUGCUGGAAAACAUAUAAAUGCUUGGAGUCUGGAAAGGUCUUCUUUCAGAGAAGCAAGCUAGCUAAACAUCAAAAAGUUCACACCGGGGAGAAGCCUUAUAAAUGCUUGGAGUGUGGGAAGAGCUUCUCUCAGAAUAGUAAACUUACUAGCCAUCAAAAGGCUCACACAGGGGAGAAACCUUAUAAAUGCUUGGAGUGUGGGAAGAGCUUCUCUCAGAAUGACCACCUAACUAGACAUCAAAAGAUUCACACCGGGGAGAAGCCUUAUAAAUGCUUGGAGUGUGGGAAGAGCUUCUCUCAGAAUAGUAAACUUACUAGCCAUCAAAAGGCUCACACAGGGGAGAAACCUUAUAAAUGCUUGGAGUGUGGGAAGAGCUUCUCUCAGAAUGACCACCUAACUAGACAUCAAAAGAUUCACACCGGAGAGAAGCCUUAUAAAUGCUUGGAAUGUGGGAAGACCUUCUCUCAGAAAGCCAAUCUAACUAGACAUCAAAAGGUUCACAUAGCGAAGAAGCCUUAUAAAUGCUUGGAGUGUGGGAAGAGAUUCUCUCAGAAUGACCACCUAACUAGACAUCAAAAGAUUCACACCGGGGAGAAGCCUUAUAAAUGCUUGGAGUGUGGGAAGAGCUUCUCUCAGAAUAGUAACCUAACUAGCCAUCAAAAGAUUCACACCGGGGAGAAGCCUUAUAAAUGCUUGGAGUGUGGGAAGAGCUUCUCUCAGAAUAGUAACCUAACUAGCCAUCAAAAGAUUCACACCGGGGAGAAGCCUUAUAAAUGCUUGGUGUGUUGGAAGAGCUUUGCUCAGAAUAGCAAUCUCACUCAACAUCAGAAGGUUCACACGGGAGAGAAGCCAUAUAAAUGCUUGGUAUGUGGGAAGAGUUUCUCUCAGAAUGCCAGUCUAACUAGCCAUCAAAAGGUUCACACAGGGGAGAAGUCUUAUAAAUGCUUGGAGUGUGGGAAGAGCUUUGCUCAGAAUGACACCCUAACUAGCCAUCAAAAGAUUCACACCGGGGAGAAGCCUUAUAAAUGCUUGGUGUGUUGGAAGAGCUUUGCUCAUAAUAGCAAUCUCACUCAGCAUCAGAAGGUUCACACGGGAGAGAAGCCAUAUAAAUGCUUGGUAUGUGGGAAGAGUUUCUCUCAGAAUGCCAGUCUAACUAGCCAUCAAAAUGUUCACACGGGAGAGAAGCCUUAUAAAUGCUUGGAGUGUGAGAAGAGCUUCUCUCAGAGUAGCAACCUAACUAGGCAUCAAAAGGUUCACACCGGAGAGAAGCCUUAUAAAUGCUUGUUGUGUUGGAAGAGCUUUGCUCAGAAUGACACCCUAACUAGCCAUCAAAAGAUUCACACCGGGGAGAAGCCUUAUAAAUGCUUGGUGUGUUGGAAGAGCUUUGCUCAUAAUAGCAAUCUCACUCAGCAUCAGAAGGUUCACACGGGAGAGAAGCCAUAUAAAUGCUUGGUAUGUGGGAAGAGUUUCUCUCAGAAUGCCAGUCUAACUAGCCAUCAAAAUGUUCACACGGGAGAAAAGCCUUAUAAAUGCUUGGAGUGUGAGAAGAGCUUCUCUCAGAGUAGCAACCUAACUAGGCAUCAAAAGGUUCACACCGGAGAGAAGCCUUAUAAAUGCUUGUUGUGUUGGAAGAGCUUUGCUCAGAAUGACAACCUAACUAGACAUCAAAAGAUUCACGCCGGGGAGAAGCCAUAUAAACGCUUGGAAAGUGGGAACAAAUUUUCUCAGAAUGCUAAUCUAACUAGCCAUCAAAAGGUUCACACAGGGCAGAAGCCUUACAAAUGUUUAGAAUGUGGAAAGAGCUUUAAUGAGAGCAGCAGCUUUACCUUACACUGCAAGAUUCUCACUGGAGAAUAACCAUCCAAUCAAAGUUAGCAUGUGGAAAACCAGUAAAUGUGGCUGACCUUGCCUCCCUGUGGCCAUGACCUGAUUUAUAAUAGCUGCCCUGACAAGGAACAGCUUCCUGCCUAUUUCUUCCUUUUCUUCCAUCCCUCCUUCUUUCUUUUUGUUAGCCUCAAGUAUAUGUAUGUAGCACCUCUGGUGAGCAAAACAUACUUAUUUUUCUCUGUAUUCUUUUACAGCUUCUCAUGUUAAUGGAUCAUUUGCCAAGGUGCUGAGAUUAAUGCCUCAUAUCAUCUCUUAUAAAAUGAUGAGUGCUAUAAUUUUCUAAUGGGAAGACCAUAGAUUCUAACUCUUUGAGAACGUGUCAUAUUGUGGAUUAAAUUUUCUAUCCUUCCCCUCUAAGUCCAAUAACGAAUGUA